AUGCGACUACGAUCGCAAACCUCCAUUUUCACCCUCUUCUCCCUUCUCCCUGCGUUAGUCUCAGCCUAUGGCUUCGACUGCAACCACAUCGUCAAGGACGGCAUUGAGUACAACCUCGGCCAUUUAGGAGGAGUGCACUCUUUGUACCAUGUAGAUGAGACAGAGGAGUUCGUCGUGAACACCACCUAUGUGUUGAAUAUAUGCACUAUUCUAAAAUCGGCGGCGAUUCGGGGAGAUCUAAACUGCGGGACGUCCAAGAACAUUUGCGGGUUCGAAUACAGGAAAAAGGUCGAUGGCUCACAGACCACGGGCGUGUCCUUCCCCAUUGCCGGGCUCGACCAUCUCGGACACGGUGACAAGGUCACUAAUAUUACGCGAUUGAAAGAAAUCUAUGAGGAUAAGGAGGGUCUCCUUGUUAAAAUGGUUGGAGGUGAAUACAUCGAUUUCAAGGACGGAAAGAAGAAGAGCGCAAGCGCCGUUAUCGAGUUCGAGUGCGAUCCCGACCGGUCGGGUCUGGAGGGUAUCAAGGAUAUCCCUGAGGAAUCCAAUGAAAAUGAAUAUGAGGAAGAGGAAGGGGAGAGAAUAUUUGAGUGGACAAUCCAGAACGAGCCUCACCUAGCAGAAGACGACGAGACGGGCAACAUUACACGGAGUCUACAAUUUAAGAGCUUUGGGCCUUCAGAUGAUGGGUCUUAUGUAUUGAGGCUGGAUUGGAGAACGCGGUAUGCAUGCGACAAUUACCUGAAAGACAGGAAGGACAACCAGUCGUCCGGUCAUUGGGGUUUCCUCACUUGGUUGAUUAUGAUGUAUGACAAUUCCCCCUUCCUCCAUCCUUCAACAAAUAAGGCACUAACAGAUGCGAUAAAUCUUCAGCAUCUUCCUCUGCAUAGCGGCAUACCUGAUCUUCGGCUCCUGGCUCAACUACAAUCGCUACGGUGCUCGUGGAUGGGACCUACUUCCUCAUGGUGA